GGACCUGGAGUCCAAGGAAGGGAGUGGCCUGCCAGAGGGGCCUUGGGGAGGAGGGCUGGGGGCUAGGGCAGGACUGAGCAGGUGGGAGGAGACGGGAAGCUGAGCCAAGAGCCGGUACCGAGGAGGUGGCCGGGCAUGGAAAGUGACGCGGAGCUGAGUCGUCCCCGCACCUUUCCACCCUCGCCCGCAGCCUUCCGGCCCGGCCCGGCCCCCCAUUCCUCGGCCCUCAAUCCCGAGUCCGGUCCAGCCCCCUCUCCUUGGGCUCGACCGGCCCGGGCGCCGCUAUGACCGUCACGUACACAGCUUGCGUGGCGAACGCGCGCUUCGGCGGCUUCUCGAAGCUGCUGCUGCUGUGGCGCGGGAGCAUCUACAAACUUCUGUGGCGCGAGCUGCUGUGUUUCCUUGGGCUCUACAUGGCGCUGAGUGCCGCCUAUCGCUUCGUGCUGACCGAAGAGCAGAAGCGCUACUUUGAGAAGCUCGUUCUUUACUGCGACCAGUACGCCAGUCUCAUUCCGGUCUCUUUUGUGCUCGGCUUCUACGUAACGCUGGUGGUGCACCGCUGGUGGAACCAGUACCUGUGCAUGCCCCUGCCCGACUCGCUCAUGUGCGUGGUGGUCGGUACAGUGCACGGGCGCGACGAGCGGGGCCGCCUCUACCGACGCACGCUCAUGCGCUAUGCAGGGCUCUCUGCCGUGCUUAUCCUGCGCUCCGUCAGCACCGCUGUCUUCAAGCGCUUCCCCACCAUAGACCACGUGGUGGAAGCAGGGUUCAUGACCCGCGAGGAGCGCAAGAAGUUCGAGAACCUGAACUCAUCCUACAACAAGUACUGGGUGCCUUGCGUCUGGUUCUCCAACCUGGCGGCGCAGGCUCGGCGCGAGGGCCGCAUCCGCGACAACAGCGCCCUUAAGCUGCUGCUGGAGGUGGUGACCAUCGCUGUGUACAGCUACUUCCUGGCCUGCCUCAUCGGUCGCCAGUUCCUGGACCCGGCGCAGGGCUACAAAGACCACGACCUGGACCUGUUCGUGCCCAUCUUCACCCUGCUGCAGUUCUUCUUCUAUGCGGGCUGGCUCAAGGUAGCUGAGCAGCUCAUCAACCCCUUCGGAGAGGACGACGAUGACUUUGAGACCAACUUUCUGAUCGACCGCAACUUCCAAGUGUCAAUGCUGGCCGUGGACGAGAUGUACGACGACCUGGCCAUGCUGGAGAAGGACCUGUACUGGGACGCAGCUGAGGCUCGCGCUCCCUACACCGCGGCCACCGCCUUCCUGUUGCAGCAGCCCUCCUUCCAGGGCUCCACCUUCGACAUCACGCUGGCCAAGGAGGACAUGCAGUUCCAGCGGCAGGACGGCGUGGAUGCACCGCUGAGCGAUACACACGGCGACUUCCUGCAGCGCCUCCUGCCGGUGGGCGCAGGCAUGGCCGCUGGAGGCCUGCUGGGCCGGCACCUGUCUUUACUGCGCCGCAAGAACAGCUGCGUGUCGGAGGAAUCCACAGCCGCCAGCUGCGCAUGCGCGGGCGCCCCUGCUGGCGCGGCGCCAGAGUGCAGUUGCGGCGAAGCGCUGCUAGACUUAGGCCUGCCGGAGCCGGAGUCUGAGCCCCACGCCGGCCGCGAGCCGCCAGCCCCCGGGCCACCCGCCGAGCCCUUCACCGUUGUGCCAAUGCCCGGGCCCCGGGGGCCGGCUCCACCCUGGCUGCCCAGCCCCAUUGGCGAGGAGGAGGAGAGUCUAACCUGAGACCCUUGGACCCAGGAUCCCCAAGGACAGGGAAAAUGCCCCAACACGGCCCGCAACAAGUGGUUUGGGCUUUAUAAGCUGGCUGUGGACUCUGC